UUGGCAAGUGAGAGAUCAUGAAGACAUGAACAGAACUGAAGGGUGGAUCAUGUUUGUCUGGUGACCCACAGGGAAAAAAAAAUUCUUAAUCAAGAUGUAGCAGUUGCUUCAAAGCUUUAAUUAAUCCGCAUCGAUGGACCAUUUGGUUACGUGUAAGCAAGGCAUUCUGCCAAUAAACCCAAAAGGGCGAAGCACUCGGCGCCUGUUUUAUUGCCAAUCUCCUUCUUAAACCCUUCAAAAGCCGAGUCAAAACUCACGCGACAACCAAAUAUCCUCAGUCAUCAAACUCUCACUCGCUCUGUUUGAUAUCUCCGAGGAACACCCACAAGAUUGUUUGGUCUUUGUUCCAGACCAAACCUUUGUGGGUAUAUCAGGCCUUCGAGAUUUUGAAUGUGGUGAACAAACAAUGGCUUCUUGCAAGGUUUCUUGGAGUCUUCUUUUGGUUUUCUUAAUCUUUGGUUGUUGUUCCGUGUAUCAAUGUUCUGCUGGACUUGAUGCAAACCUGACUGCGCGGCUGCUUGUAGAUGCAUCUGAAGCAGCAAGCCGGCCAAUACCUGAAACACUAUUUGGAAUAUUCUUUGAGGAGAUAAACCAUGCCGGGGCUGGCGGGCUGUGGGCGGAGCUUGUCAGCAACAGAGGUUUUGAAGCUGGGGGCCCUAAUACUCCCUCAAAUAUUGAUCCGUGGUCUGUAAUUGGAGAUGAGUCUUCUGUAAUCUUAACAACAGACCGCUCAUCAUGCUUUGAACGUAAUAAGGUUGCACUAAGAAUCGAUGUGCUUUGUGAUAGCCAGGGCAGUAAUAUCUGUCCAUCUGGCGGUGUUGGUCUAUAUAAUCCUGGAUUCUGGGGCAUGAAUAUUGAACAAGGGAAGACCUACAAGGUGAUUCUUUAUGUUCGCUCAUCAGAAUCGAUUAAUGUGUCUGUAUCAUUAACUAGCUCGGAUGGCUUGAAAACUCUGGCUACUGCAAACAUCAUAGCUGCUGCUGCUGAUGUAUCAAACUGGACUAAGGCAGAAGUUCUGUUGAAAGCUGUAGGAACAGAUCAUAGUUCAAGACUUCAGUUGACAACAUCCCAAAAAGGGGUAAUAUGGUUCGAUCAAGUAUCAGCUAUGCCUUUGGACACCUACAAGGGUCAUGGUUUCCGAAAUGAUCUUUUUAAAAUGCUGGCAGAUAUAAAGCCUCGAUUCAUCAGAUUUCCAGGUGGCUGCUUUGUCGAAGGUGAGUGGUUAAGAGAUGCAUUUCGCUGGAAAGAAUCCAUUGGGCCCUGGGAGGAGAGACCUGGCCAUUUCGGUGAUGUUUGGAUGUACUGGACUGAUGAUGGACUUGGGUAUCUUGAGUUUCUUCAACUAGCAGAAGACCUUGGGGCAUUGCCAGUAUGGGUGAUUAACAAUGGAAUCAGCCAUCAAGAUCAAGUAGACACUUCCAACGUCCUACCUUUUAUACAAGAAGCCCUUGACAGUAUUGAGUUUGCUAGAGGUGAUUCCAAUUCGAAAUGGGGUUCUGUCCGAGCUGCAAUGGGUCACCCAGAACCCUUUGACUUGAGAUAUAUGGCUAUUGGGAAUGAGGACUGUGGGAAAAAGAAUUAUCGAGGAAAUUACCUUAGGUUCUAUGAUGCCAUAAAGCGUGCCUAUCCAGACAUCAAAAUAAUCUCGAACUGUGAUGGAUCUUCCCAACCGUUAGACCACCCUGCUGAUAUCUAUGACUAUCAUAUCUAUACAUCUGCGAGUGACUUGUUCUCGAAGUCUAGUAGAUUUAAUCUUGCUCCACGUAAGGGUCCAAAGGCUUUUGUCAGUGAGUACGCUGUGACUGGAAAAGAUGCCGAGACAGGAAGUUUUCUAGCAGCAUUAGCUGAAGCUGGAUUCCUUAUUGGACUGGAAAAGAACAGUGAUAUCAUUGAGAUGGCAAGCUACGCACCUCUCUUUGUAAAUUCCAAUGACAGGCGAUGGAACCCCGAUGCGAUCGUCUUCAACUCUUGGCAGCUCUAUGGAACUCCUAGCUACUGGGUGCAUCAUCUCUUCAAAGAGUCCAGUGGAGCAACUCUACUGAAUGCCACUCUCCAAAGCGAUUCCUCUAGUUCGCUUAUUGCAUCUGCAAUUGCUUGGCAAACUGAUGACAUGAAAAGUUACCUCAAAAUAAAGAUUGUGAACUUUGGAAGCAGCACAGUGAAUCUCAGAAUUGACGUGGACGGGCUGAAGUUGAACUCGUUGGGAUCAUCUCAGACUGUAUACACAGCUGCUGAUUUGAUGGACGAGAAUUCAUUCGAGGAACCAAAGAAGGUGGUGCGAACUCAAACAUUGUUUGAAGAUGUAACCAAGGACAUGGAUGUUGUGCUCUCUCCAUAUUCUAUCAAUUCAUUCGAUUUCUUGACAGAAUCAAACCAUCUCCUCACCAAAGCAACAUAUUCUUCUCCUACGGCAGAUUCUUCUUCUAGGGCCUCAAUCUCAAAAGAAAAAGAAGAAGAUUCUUUGCUUGCUACUAUGUAAUUAGUUUGGUUUGGCCGGUGUGUGAAGUUGUAAAUUAUACCUAAAAAUGGAUUAUUGUUAUCAUUUUCUAUUCCAAGCCGGUAAAUUAUUCCCAGUAUUUCUCUUGUU